AUGACGGGUGCGGGUGCGUGUCUACGUGAGAGGAGGGGCGAUGUAGUGGAAGGGCGCCCGGCGGUGUUUUUUUUGGCGGUUCGAGGGAGUGAUUUUGCCGACGACAUCCGACAUCUGAGGCGAGACUAUCGGGUUCUUUCUUCAGCCCGGCGAAAAUUGAGUGCCAUCCGGAGCUUUCGAGCAGAGACGCAGGGGGAGAUCUGGCGAGGAGAGAAAAUCUAUAGUGGCUGCUAA